GGCACAGAGCAUACACUAUGCAAUGACAUUUCCUUCAAGUGCCAAGGGGGGGAGAGGUUAGCUAUGUCCUGUUUAUGUGAAAGCUAUUGCGAAGAGGUGAGUUUUUAGAUGUUUCUUAAAAAUGGAGAGCCUUACGGAUAUGGAGAGCGAGCGUGUUCCAGAGUUUGGGUGCUGCACAGGAGAAAGCCCAAUCACCAAGAGUGGAGUGGCGAGAUGGGAGGAUAGUUAAAAGUCUUGCAGAGGAGAAGUGGAGGAAGGGAAUGAGUGUGUAGUCCAGGAGCAGGUCAGUAAGACAGGCUGGAGCUAUGCCAUGGAGUGCACUGUAGGUUAGCAGGAGGGUUUUUAAUUGUUUUCAGCAUUUCACUGGUAGACAAUGUAUUUUGUACAGGAUUGGAGAGACGUGAUCAUAUUAUUUUGUGUGGGUCAGUAAACCUGAAGCAUUUUUGGACUAAUUGAGGCUUGUUGAUUGGUCUGACGGGGGUACAGUUACAGAAAUCCAGCCAAGACGUAACAAAGACAUGGAUUAGAGCUUCUGUGGAGGAAUAAGGCAAGGUGGGCCUGAACUUUGGUAUGUUGCGGAGAUGGAAAAAUGCAGGUGACUUGUUUUAUGUGAGGUUCAAAUGAUGGAGUGGAAUCAAGGAUGCCACCAAGGCUCUUUACAUGAGUGAAAGGUGAAAUAGGAAAACCAUCAAUAGGGCUGGCAAAGUUUGGGGUUUCGGUUAAUGUAGAUUUAGACCCCAUACGCAGAUUUGUCACCAUUAAGUUUUAGGAAAUUAUGGGUCAUCCAAAUUCUAAUGUCCUGCAGACAGUUGAUGAGAUAAAUGCAGAGGAGGGUUUGGAACCUAUAGAAAGCUGUGUGUCAUCAGUGUAGCAGUGAAAACUAACACCAUGACAACGCAUGAUCUGACCCAGUGGUAGUAGAUAAAUAAUGAAGAGGAGAGGACCAAGCACUUAACCCUGUGGAACUGUCAGGCUUUGGCAAGUUAGGACCCAAGUGCAGAGUAAAACACAAGAAGCUCAAGAGGAACCCACCCACCACCAGGAGAUCAGGACAAGGCAGGUAAAAGCCCAGCAGACACCAUGACCCGCCGUGUAGCAGUGAUUGGGGCAGGAUGCUCAGGACUGGCCUGUAUCAAGUGCUGCCUGGAUGAGGGGCUGGUGCCUGUCUGCUUCGAGAGCGGGGAUGACAUCGGGGGAAUGUGGAGGUACAAGGAGAGGCCUGAGCCAGACCAUUGCAGUAUCUACCGCUCCCUCAUUACCAACACCUCCAAAGAGUUCAUGUGCUUCAGCGACUUCCCCAUGCCGGACCAUUACCCAAACUACCUGCACCACUCGCAGCUGCUGCAGUACCUGCGCUUAUACGCAGCGCAUUUUGACCUCCUGCGGCACAUUCGCUUCCAGACCACUGUCUGCUGUGUGAAGGAGGGGCCUCAAUUCUCUCAUUCUGGCCAGUGGGAAGUGGAGACUAAGAACGGAGUCGGUGACAAAGAGAGGCACAUCUUUGAUGCUGUUCUGGUGUGUACAGGACAUUUUACCCGUCCUGCCAUGCCACUUGAAGACUUCCCAGGCGUAGAGACCUUCGAGGGAAAGUGUUACCACAGCUGGGAAUACAGGCACCCGGAUGCCCUCCAGGGUAAGAGGGUUGUUGUGGUGGGGAUCGGUAACUCUGGAGGGGACAUUGCUGUGGAGAUCAGCAGGGCAGCGCGGAAGACCUUCCUCAGCACGCGUCAGGGCGCCUGGGUCAUAGGUCGCAUGUCUGACGGAGGGCUCCCGGUAGAUAUGACAAUGAUCACCCGCUGCAGGAGUUUGCUUAUGCACUUUUUGCCCAAAGCCUUGGUACACUGGGCAGGGGAGAGGGGUCUGAACCAGAAGUAUGACCAUAGGCUCUACGGCCUGCUUCCCAAGCACAGAUUACUGGAGGGCAGGACUCUCAUCAAUGAUGACCUUCCUGGCCGCAUCCUCUCGGGGGCAUUGGUCAUGAAGCCUCACCUCCAGGGGUUCCGAGGCUCCAGUGUGGUUUUUGAGGAUGGCACCGUGGAGGACCAGAUUGAAGCUGUGGUCUUCUGCACGGGCUACAACUACUCUUUUCCCUUCCUUCCUUCCUCCCUCUUUCAAGGCCAUGGGCAUGAGCUGACGCUGUAUCACCAUGUCUUCUCGCCCACCCUAAAGCACCCCACUCUGGCUAUAAUGGGCCUAGUGAGCGCCAGAGGGCCCUUCAUGCCUGUAGUGGAGAUGCAGGCUCGCUGGGCAACUAGAGUGUUCACAGGGCUGAACCAACUUCCACCAAAAAAAACAAUGCUGAACAUGAUUGAGACUGAAAGGAAAAGAUUUUUGAAAAGUUAUCCUUGUCCCAAGCUUGCAGCUGUCCAAGUGGAUUACAUCACUUACAUGGAUGAACUGGCGAAGGAGGUGGGGGUGCGGCCCAACUUCCUGGGCCUGCUGCUGCGAGACCCUCGUCUGGGUCUGAGUGUGCUGCUGGGUCCCUGCACCCCGUACCAGUACCGGCUGCGUGGACCGGGACGGUGGGCGGGGGCUCGCCAGGCCAUCCUCACGCAGUGGGAGCGGGUGGCCAAACCCAUGAAGACGCGCCCUGUACCAGAGCCCCGACCCUCUGCCGCGCCUCUGUUGCUCACUGUUUCUUGUGCUGCCCUGCUGCUCACUGCCGUCUACUCUCAACGCAAAACCCCUGCCGUCCUGCUGGAUCCUGCAGCCGUCCUGAACAGACUCUGCUCCCUACCAGGGAUCAUGUGGAAGAUGUGCCCCUGCCUGAAACUAUGAACACGGGAUUAAACUUAGCUUUGGUUAGAGCAGUGGUCUCCAACCCUGGUCCUGGAGAGAUACAGGGUCUGCUGGUUUUCAUAGUGACUCUGCACUUCAUGAAUCAAUCAGAGCAGUUGAUUACACAGUUUACUCAACUGACCUGGUGUCUUGGGUCUCAACUGGGCGCUGAUUUUAUGGAAAAAACAAAAACCAGCAGACCCUGUAGCUCUCCAGGACCAGCGUCCACUGGAGACCACUGGGUUAGAGAGUGCAGAGUGCCAGUGGAGCUCGAGCGCGUGUGACUGUAAUUGGACUGGAGCAGUGAGCAGGUUUUCCGAAAUGUGGAGUGCUGGCGUGUCCAGUACAGCUCAAGUGACACAAGCCUUCUCUGGAAUUAUCGCUUACGUUCUGGGUGUCACGUAAAAGUCCGGACAAUGGUAGUUAGCCAAUGAGGCGAUAAGAUGUUUCUAUAAUGUUUGACUUGGGUGAGAACUGUGUUUUGUUGUUGAUAUUUUGGUGAAUCAUUAUUGAAAAAUAAAGGCUCACAUUGAGGACAUACA